AUUUUUGAUUCAAUUGUGAACAAUCUCAUUAAGAAAGGUUUAUCAUCAUGUUCUUCUAUUGCCAGGCAAGCAAGGCAAGGUUUGGAAAUAUUUUUCGCCUCGCCGCUUUAAUCUUCAUGGCUACGUCAUAGGAACAUCUUAAUUUACUAUAUGUAACUUAAUUACUAUAGCAUUAGAAGUAAAGGGGAAAACCUAAAAUACCUUUCUUGCCAUUUAAUUUAAUUUUCAAUUCUGGCAAUCAUAUAUGGGCAUACUACACCUUUAAUGGAAUCUGUGUAGGACAAACUGACAUAACAUGUCAAUAGAAAAAGAUAUAACUGCCUUGAUAGUACAGAGGACUGAGUGAAAAUGGCAGAAAUAAACUAUGCAGUAGGUGGAAUUUUUGAUGAUAUAGCUGUCACUAAAGGAACACCUACAAUCAUAAAGGAUGAUCUGGGAGAACCAUUCCCUGUACACAAAGUAGAUGGAUAUAACUAUCCACAGUUUAUUAGACCAACGAUCCAUGAUUACAUGAAAGAUUUUGAAGUCAGGGCUGAUGACAUAUGGUUCUUUUCAUAUCCAAGGUCUGGGCAGCAUUGGAUAUGGAAUAUAGUAUACAGGCUGACACAUGACCUACAAGAGGCCCCUAAGGGUAUGGAAGAGUUCUGUAUGCCUGAUUUGGAGACACAGAAUGUCAUAGGUUCAGUGCCUUCUCCCAGAAUUAUCAGAACACACCAACUACCAAGUUCAAUUCCAAAGACAGUAUGGGACAAGUGCAAGGUGAUCAACCUUGUGCGUCACCCCAAAGAUGCAGCAUAUAGCUCAUACAAGCAUCAUUUAGCAUCAAUUAUUUAUGGCUACAACGGAACAUGGGAAGGUUAUUUGCCUAAUUGGCUUAAAGGAGAAGUGGCAUGGAAUGAUUGGUUCAAGCAUGUACAAGAAUACAAGAAACUAGCAGAAAAUGUAGAUAUGCUGUUCCUCACUUAUGAAGAAACCAAAAAUGAUACACUUGGUACCAUAAAGAAGAUAGCUGACUAUAUAGGUGUAAGCUGGAGUGAAGAAGACUAUAAGAAAAUCAUUGAUGAAACAAAGAUUGAUGUCAUGCAGUCUCGCAAUAAAGAAUAUGAUGCCUAUGCGAGAGAUGGAAGAGGGGCAGAUGUAAUGUACAGAAAAGGGGUAGUUGGUGCAUGGAAAGAACACUUUACCGUGGCACAGAAUGAGCUUUUAAUAAAGUCUACAAGGAAAGAAUGA